UGCGUACCGGCUGGCCGUCUGUUUCUGCGCCGUAUGAUACUGCUUAUCAGCAAAGACGACCCGGUUCAGGAGACUGGCACCACACGCCAAAGCCUCCCCGGAAGCCAUACCGGACAUUUGGGAAGAUCUCCAGCGCACAUACGAUGUCCCGACAGAUUAGAUGUCACUGUUGCGCGGCUGCAAUAUCACCAUCUUGCCAGUACGACACGAACGACAUAUAAUGCCGGCUGGGCACGGUUUAAAGAAUUUUGCAUCAACGACCACACCUCUCCUCUCCCGACGACGGAAAACAGCGUGCUGCGUUUCAUAGCGCAUCUGUUUCUUCAAAACAUUUCUCCGGCCACGAUCAAAGUGUACGUCGCCAGCAUAGCCAAAGUUCACGCCGAAGCUAGCCUUCCAAGUCCUACUGCAAGCGCAUCAGUCCUAAGAGCAGUAGACGGCUGCAGAAGGAUAUGCCCCAAGGCGGUCGACGGCCGCCUGCCAAUUACUUUGGACAUCAUGCGAAGACUGAAAGACAACAUUAGAAGUUCCGCUCUGUCAGCGUAUUCGAAACUCCUAAUCUGGAGCACCUUCACGACCGCGUUCUUUGCUGCUCUGCGAGUGAGCGAGUUCACGUCGCAAUCGACCCGUCAUUACGACGACAGAAGAACGCUGUCGACCAGCGACGUCACCAUUGGCAGUGAGUCAGUGGUCAUCAGCGUUCGGCGAUCCAAAACCGAUCAAUUCGGACACGGGUACAAGAUCACGCUGGUAUCCACUAGCAGGUCAGUCUGCCCUGUCACAGCAAUCCAGAAUUAUGCAGCCGUCAGAAUUCCCACGCAGCAGUCCCACCCAUUUUUCCUGCAACAGGACGGACAGUUUGUCACGCGAACACAAGUUGACCGGUGGCUUCAGAUCUUCCUCAACGGCACACCCGGAAGGGAACGCUAUAGCACUCAUAGCUUCCGUAUCGGGGCGGCUUCCACCGCAGCAUCAAAUGGAGCUCCGGACUCCGCUAUUCAAACCAUUGGCCGCUGGAAGUCCUCCUGCUUCACAAGAUACGUCCGCACGGCAGUUCCGACACCCGGCCUUGACGCCUACGGAACGAACAGUGGUUUGGGGUAGUUUGGGGUUGCCUGUGCGGCUGGAGCGACCAGAGGUGGCCAACGCAUUCGCGUUCACGCACCUUGCUCGCGCUUCCGGUCAACAGCAUCUCCAGUUCCCCCCACUUGGCGUUGUGUGGUCGCAUAGGAGACGUAGAACAUUAACAGC